CCCCGCGCGCGCCUGGCCCCGCCCCAGCCUGUGGCGUUGGCUGCGCGUGCGGGAGGAGGGAAGGGGAGGAGCAGCGGCGGCGGCUCCUGUUGUCGGCCGGGAUCCGGCGGCGGUGGACGGCCGGGUGGGUGGUGCUCGCUCGCUCGCUGGCUCACUCCGCCGCCUCCGCCCUCCCACUCCUUCCUUCCCUCCCUCCCUCCCGCGCAGCACGCAGACAGCUGUCUGUCCCAGCCCCUCCGAGAGGGAGCCCUGGCUGGCUUGGGGAGCCGGCGCCGCGCAGCCCUGCAAGGGAGAGCGGCCGGGCGAAAGGGGGGCGGCGCGGCACGGCAGGCGGAGGGCUCCUCGUCUCCCUUCGCUCUGGAACUCCCCGGCAGUUGCAUCACUCGACUGAAAGGAUUACUGUGGCUGUUACCAGAGCUGUGUUUGAUCACUGUUGUGGAUGAACCCUGCCUGCAUCAUCUCUGAACUAUUCUGGCCUUUUAAUUUUUAAGGGUUCAUGUUGGGAAGGGGUCUGAAACGCAAGUUGAGUGAUUAUGAGGAAAACAUGGCUGGCCUCUCAAGUGCCUUCGAUUCGAGUCGAAACCUGCCCUACCCGCUCAAGAGGCAGCUGGUGCUCAAUGUGUGCCUCGCCAAGUUGCAGACAUACAAGAUGCUGGUGGAACCAAACUUGCACCGCUCUGUCCUUAUAGCCAACACCGUCCGGCAGAUUCAGGAGGAGAUGAGGCAGGAAACCAGCCAGCAGCUCCCGAACAUAUGCAGCGGUCUCAGCGCCAGCCCUUCGGCUUGCACGAGCGUGGAUUCGCCCAUAAUGCCUUUACAUCUUUUCCCUUGCGAUAACCAGCAGGAGUCAAACGGUUAUGAACUGCGGCCGGUAGAAGGCCCCCUGGAAAAUAGCCUGUUGAUGGUCUCCGAUAACGAGAUGUCAUCCGCCAUUUCCUCUAUUCUGAAAGAUUUGGACUUCAUGGAGGACGUGAGCCCACCCAGCUGUUUGCCUGCACCUGGAGAUGAUCAGUUCAAGGCUCCUGAAACACCCAGUCUUCGGCCAGAAGAUGACAGGCAGGAUUUGAAGGGAGUGGAAUGUGCAUUUGGCUCCUUUGAAAUUUCAAACUCCACUAGCUACUUGAAAGACUUGGCUAUAGAUGACAUCUUUGAAGAUAUCGACACUUCGAUGUACGAUUCGGAUUUUGAUUGCCCCUCGCUAACGCUUCUGAGACCGUCCCCUGUAGUGCCUGCGGAGGAGACCUUGAAAACCUUCUCCUCUUGCAAUUCUUCCUCCGCAGGCAACAUCCCGAUUUGUAGAAGCGAUUUGAGUGACUUGGACCACAUCAUGGAGAUUCUUGUUGGGUCCUGACGCUUUCCACCCCUUGAGAAAAAAAAAAAUCCAAAGAUACUUUCUUCUACUGCCACAUUUGAAUUGAAAACCACAGAGGAAUAUUAAAACCAUGGAGAGGAAAGCUGCAAAGUGGUGUGUCAAAAGUGGCAACCCAGAGGCAUUAUCUUUGAGUGGUCCUUAAAAACCUCUCCAAGACUCAUAUGUAAACCAAAAAAUGUGGCUGGCUUUUGUGUAAAAUGGUAUAUUAAACUAAUCGUGCAAUCUUUUUUUUUUUUUUGGUCCUUCUGGGGUAUAUGCAAAGAAUGUCUCUCUUGCACACACCCCUUAUCCCCUUAUUCCAGCAGAACUAACUUUGUAAUGUGCAAUUUUUAAACUGUCUUGAAAGAAUUUGGAUACAUGAAUUUUGGAAAAAAAAUAUCUUCUGAAGUAAAGAUUUCUAUUUUUUAAUAUCUGACUACAUGCUGUGUUGGCAUUCACUGGAGUUGCAUACUUGGGAGUUUGCAGCCUCAGUAAAUAGAGAUAUAUUUAAAAAAAGACAAAAAAAAUCUCUCUUCCCUUUUGUUGAAGGAGCCUCAAGAUGCUUGGUGGCAAAAAUAACCUAGCAAAUUUGUAAAGCAUUUGAAAACUAUUUAUUUUUGUAAAUUUUUUUAGCCUUUCUACAUUUUACUAUGUAGGUCCAUCAUAGUUCGGAGAUGAUGAAUUUCUGAUUGGAUGUGGGUGGCACUACCUCUAUAAGCUGAAAUGCUUUAACUCUUUCCAGUGCUUUGUCUAACACUGCAGAUCUUUUUCUCCCACCCCCACCCCCCAGCUGGCGCUUGAUCUGUAAGAAAUUGCUGACAGCUACUUGGCUGGUGAAAUUCAGAUGGUAUUUAAUUGUAUGCAUUUACAAAUGUAAUUUAUAUGUAGAUGAUCCAGUUUUAAAACUUUUGUCAGUAUUACGUGCAUCAAUUUGGGGUAAUUUGGGGAAUUUAAAAAUAUUAAUAUUUAACUGUACAUGUAGAAGUAUUUUAACUAUUUGGAGAAUAUUGUAUCUUUGCAACAAAUUUUUUAGAUUUUAUGUGCAAUAUAUCACUUAAAUGGAACUUUCUUUUUUUUUUUGCACCACCCUUAUAUUGUAAGCAGCUGUUGCUAAAUGCAAAUGGCAGAUUAAAAACUCAAGAUGCCCGAUGGGCCAGUCUUGGAGGCACACAAACUUGGCGGCAGUUUUAUGCAGAAGCCCUAUAGGAGACUGGAGGCUGUGUUGUUCCACAGUUCCCUGUCAGAGGUGUUCACCAUGGAAUGUACCUUUUCUGUGUGGCUAGUGUGGUUUCCCCCUCCAAUAAAGGGCAUCGCCAAGGAGCCCUUAGCAUCACCCUUUUCUAUCUUCAGUGGAUCAGGAAUCCUCAUGGCAGUAAUCAUCUUGCCAGAGACAAGAAGCCACAUCUGCUGUAUCGUGAUUCAUUAGUUUCUGUAUUCAUGACACCAGUACUGUCUGCAGGUUUUUACGUUUAGGUGUCCAUACAGGUGUUUACAAGUUGCACAUGCUCUCACAUCAGUUACUUUCUGGUUUUGCUACUGUAAGCUGCAUCUGGCUCGAUAGAUCUCUCCUCUCCUCCUCUGACUUGUACUGGUCCUUUACUGGAAAGUGAACAUAACACAGCAGCACGUGGGCAUUACAGAACCAUUUCUCCGUGCUCUUAACAUACUCGGUUAUGCCAGAAUUGCCUGCUAGCAGUAGAAAGUUUAGUUAGGAGGAACGGGCAGGCUCAGCAGCGGUGCCGGUGAUACAGACCAGAGAGGUUAUGGGAGAGCUCAGGUAGCGAGGACAGGUUAUGAAGAAGGUGUCGCUCAAGCGGUUGAAUCGCUAUUCCGCACUUGUCUCCUCUCAGAAAGUUCCUGCUAUUUGUUUUCUGUAAUACUUCCAUUUUACUGUUUUAAGGAGAACCUACUGAGCUUCAGCAGAACUGAAAACUUUCCACAGUUUAAUCUCAGACGGAGCGAAAUAGCCAUCUGCUUUGAUUCUGGUGCUGAUUUUCUGCCUCCCACCACAGGCACGAAUGUGUCGGUCUUACGCCACAAAUAGCGCAAAAUAAGUCACAUUCUUGUUGGCCCACGGCACACUUCAGCAGCCUGAAAAGUACUGUUGCGUUAACGUGCAUGUGGUGCGCUAAUGGAUCUAAAUCACUGUGGCCCUCUUGGCAAAACAUGGUCCGUUUCUGGAGAAAAGGGAUGAGGUCAAAAGAUGCUUAAGUCUCAGAAUGUAUACAAGACUGUGCAUAAAUGCUUCUUUAUAUGUAAAAAAAUGCGAAUCUUGAAAAUGGUAAGGGCCUUCUGCACUGUGAUAAAGCAGAAUUGUGGGUGAAAUAUUUUUUAACUUCCUGUGAUAAUAAAUAUUUCAAUCUGA